AUGACUAAAUACGUUAUUGUUUCUGGUGGUGUUAUCUCUGGUAUUGGUAAAGGUGUUAUUGCUUCCAGUACUGGUACCCUUUUAAAGAGUUUAGGUCUUCGUGUGACAGCUAUCAAAAUCGAUCCUUACCUUAACAUUGAUGCUGGUCUUAUGAGUCCUUUGGACCACGGUGAGGUCUUUGUCUUGAAUGAUGGUGGUGAAGUCGAUUUGGAUUUGGGUAACUACGAACGUUUCCUUGAUGUUGAAUUAAGCCGUAUCAACAACAUUACAACCGGUAAAAUCUACAGUGAAGUUAUUGAAAAGGAGCGUAAGGGUGAUUACCUCGGUAAGACUGUCCAAGUUGUUCCUCAUGUCACCGAUGCUAUCCAAAGCUGGGUUGAACGUGUUGCUGACUUACCUAUUGACGGUGAGAAGCCUGAUGUUGUCAUUAUUGAGUUAGGUGGUACCGUCGGUGAUAUUGAGUCUGCUCCCUUUGUUGAAGCUAUGCGUCAGUUCCAAUUCCGUGUUGGUCAUGACAACUUCUGUCUCAUUCACGUUUCUUUGGUACCUGUUGUCGGUUCUGUUGGUGAACAAAAGACCAAGCCUACUCAAAUGAGUAUUCGUGAUCUCCGUGGUGCUGGUCUUACUCCUGAUCUCAUUGCUUGUCGUUCUUCCAAGAUUCUCGAUCCCAGUGUUGCUGCCAAAAUCUCCAUGUUCUGUCAUGUUGCUCCUGAACAAGUUUUGGCUGUUCAUGACGUCGACUCUGUCUAUCACGUUCCUAUUUUAAUGCGUGAACAUGGUGUCAUUGACUUUUUCCGUCGUCGUCUUAACUUGGAUGCUCUUCAAAUCAGUGAUGAACGUCGUUUAGUCGGUGAAGAAUUAUGGACCAAAUGGACAACUUUAGCUGGAAGUUACGUUGAUAUUCAUGACAAUGUGACUAUUGCUCUUGUUGGUAAAUAUACCAACCUCCACGAUUCUUAUAUCUCUGUCUAUAAGGCACUUGAACAUGCUUCUCUCAACUGUAAGCGUAAGCUUAAAAUCAACUGGAUUGAAGCUACUGAUUUAGAAAAUGAUACUCUCGAAUCCGAUUCCGCAAAGUUCCACGAAGCCUGGAAGUUAUUAUGUGCCUCUGAUGGUGUGAUUGUUCCUGGUGGUUUCGGUGGUCGUGGUAUCGAGGGUAUGAUUUUGGCUGCCAAGUGGGCUCGUGAGAACAAGAUGCCUUAUUUAGGUAUCUGUUUGGGUAUGCAAAUCGCUGUUAUCGAGUUCGCUCGUAAUGCAUGUGGUAUGGCUGAAGCUCAUUCAUCCGAAAUGAACCCUAACACACCUACACCUGUCGUUAUUGAUAUGCCCGAGAUCUCCAAGACUCAUAUGGGUGGUACCAUGCGUUUAGGUAUUCGUCCUACUGUUUUCCAACCUGGAAGUGAAAACUCUCGUGUUCGUAAAUUAUAUGGCUCUAAGCAAUCUGUUGAUGAACGUCAUCGUCAUCGUUAUGAAGUCAACCCUGAAUAUAUUGGUACUUUCGAAAAGAACGGUCUUCAAUUUGUUGGUAAGGAUACAACUGGCCAACGUAUGGAGAUCGUUGAAAUGGAUGAUCAUCCUUAUUUUGUCGGUUGUCAAUAUCAUCCUGAAUACCUUACUCGUCCUUUGAACCCUUGUCCUCUCUUCCGAGGUCUCAUCUUGGCUGCUGUAGGUCAACUCGAUGCUUCCUUGUAA